GCAGAGGAGCAGCCGCCCAUCGCUCCUGGCAGAGCUCUGCGGGCUGUCACAGCCGGACUCGCUCCCUCCCCGUUUGCUUUCGCUUCCCAAAGCUGCCCGUGACCUCUGCUUAUCCCGCAAGGAGGAUUGCACCGCCGUGGGACGUGUGCCGGCCUCGGCACCCGCCCUGACACCCAUGGAUGAUGCUCUACAGAAGCUAUCAGUCGUAUUGUCAACGGCUGCAGCAUGACAUGCAUUUCCUGACAAGCACUAGCCGACUGAAUGAGCAAGUGGUUGAUAAAAUUGUUCUUCAGCUUAACAGAGUCUAUCCCCAAAUUCUUACCAAUGAAGAAGCAGAAAAGUUCAGGAACCCAAAGGCAUCACUCCAAACCAGACUCUCAGAUCUGUUAAAACACCUCCAAAAGAAAGGAGACAGACACUGUCAGGAGUUUUACAGGGCUCUGCAGAUCAAUGCUGAGCAGCUGUUUAAUGACCUACCAAGCAGGAAAAUCUUGAAAACCCCAGAUCCCACAGAGAUAGACACUGACAAGGAGCAAUAUAUGCUAAAUGACAGGGGCCCGGUGUUCUUCCUGGCGUGUUUCAGCGUGGCUGCAGGACUGGCCCUGUUCUGGUACUGCUGUAACUCAGAAACACAAGUCAUAGGAAGAGCCAGGAGAAUCUUGGGCUUUUCUCCUAUUAUCAUAGGAAGACAUGCUAGAAAUAUUUGUAUGUUGUAUUUGGAAGACAUGUCAAGAAAUUAAGGAAAAGCUCUUCGCAUGUCCGUACAGUACCAUCGGCCAAAGGAACCCAGUGGUGCAUAAAAAUGUCCUGUACUCAUACCAAAGAUUUUAUUAACUAGCUUCAUCAAUAAUUGCCUUGCCUCCAGAUGUAUUUGGAAUUUCAGUUAUAAUGUCCUUCUUUAUGGGAAUGGACCGUUUAUUUUUGUAAAUGCUUAAAGUAUUUAUCAUUUGUAUAAAAAGUAUUUUUAUUACAAGCUUUAAAAUGAUCUGUUAAGUGAGUGUGGGUCUGAAGCCAUGUUUGCAUAUGUGUUUUCCAUACUGGAAUGAAGGAUCACAACUUUUUGAAGAACUCUGGCCUGUCUUUUGUGACAAUUAAUUUCAGAAAAGAACUUACAUGCACUCAAAGCCUUACUAAGAAAUGUGUCUCUGUCUCAGAA